UGCCCCGCAAACAGGAAACGAAAUUCAAUAAGUUCGACUUUUCACCCUGAAAAUUCGCAAAUAAUUUUUUUAUAUUGCAAGAAAAUUAGUCACUUAUCAAGUUUUUUAAUUGUUCAUAAUGUCGCUGUACGACGAUAUCGACACGGCCACGGGCAAGAAAACCGAUACGAGCAACGUGGCAGGGUGGGCUUCUGGUAUCAAGUUUAUGCAGAACCAUGUUCAUCUCAAGAAAAAGUCUUUGCCGCAGCCAAAACGAGAAGUCCGUCGUCAACAACAGCUCGCUCCAGUGAUAGCAUUCAAGGGAAAAUCGAACAGUGCAGUUUCUGGGAAUGGAUCAAGUGGUCCAUCAUUUAUUCUCCCAUACCAAUCCGUCUCGAAAAAGUCGAGAGGAAAUGUUUCUACGAAAUCACUUUCCUUCAUUGCUGUCGAUCCAGAAUGGCAAUUUGAUAAUGAAUAUGACCCAUAUUUUCCAAACGAGUACGAAAAAGCACUCAGGGAGCUCAGAGAAAGGAGAGAUAAAGAGGCUGAAGAGGAAGAGGCAAAGAGAAGGCUGGAGAUUCAAGAAGGUGGUAAUGACAAUUAUGAGAUGGAAGAUCAAGGCAAUAAGGAGAAAGUUGGAGGAGUCACUAUUGCACCGCCAGCGUCGCUACAUGCUGUUGCUCCGUAUAAUGAAGAUGAUCAACCCUUCUCAACUGCGGAUAUGGGCAAGUCGCCCUCGUCCUUUGGAAGACUGAUGGCUGGGUGCAGUGGGGGGAAUAGUAGGGGUGGUUUUGGGCUGGGUAGUGGUGGUGUUGGCUCAAGUCCUGUAUCAGGGGCUACAGCAGCAGCUAAGAUUAUGGCGAAAUAUGGUUACAAAGAGGGGACCGGUUUGGGAAGGAUGGGACAAGGAAUGUCAACUGCGCUGCAAGUUGAAAAAACCAGUCAUCGAAUUGGAAGAAUUAUCCAUGAAAAAGAUGUCGCAAAGGAGGCUUCAACACCUAAUUUUGUAUCGUCGUACAUAGAUGAUGACGAGUUCGAAAUGGAACCACCACAACUACCAGAAGAUAAGCCUGUUGAUACAAGUUUACAGUUGAAAUCAGAACAAGAACAGUAUGCCGAAGAUCAGCUAAAAAAUCCUUCAAAAGUUGUUCUUCUCCAGAAUAUGGUUGGCCCUGGAGAAGUAGAUGAUGACCUAGAACCUGAGGUGAAAGAAGAGUGUCAAAAAUAUGGAGAAGUUGUUGCAGUUAUUGUGUUCCAAAUGCCUGAUGUCGACAGUGAAGAUUCUAUAAGAAUUUUUGUAGAAUUUGUUAAAGUAACCUCUGCAGUUAAAGCAUUCAUGGAUCUAAAUGGAAGAUUCUUUGGUGGCCGUCAAUUAAAAGCUGCUUUUUAUGAUCCCGAUAAGUUUAAUAAUCUGGAACUGACUUGCUAAUAAUUUCAAGUAGUUCUCAUAAUUAAUUACACUCUACGAUUAAUUACAUUCGUAUUUUUAUUGCUACUUAUUGUUACAGAUUCAAAAUAUAGAUAAGCAAUUUUUACCGGA